AGUCACGUGACUGGCUUUAAAAAAACGCCUAAAGUUGGGAAAAAGUUGCAAAUAGUUGCUAAAAACAGACCGAGUGGAGACUCAGAGAGAGGAUGGACGCGAUGUUGAGGAAGCUGAAUGGAGACAACAGCACCCGGGGCUCCAUCUACCUGGAGGAGCAGGUCAACAAGUCCGGUGUGGUCUCGUGUAUUUUCUCACUGAAAGAGGGAGUGGGAGCGCUGGUCCAUGCCCUCCGGCUGUUUGAGGAUAAGGGAAUCAACCUGACCCACAUCGAGUCACGUCCCUCGCGCCUGAACAAGGACGAGUACGAGUUCUUCAUCAGCGUGGACGCUGCCUGCUCCCCGGCCCUGGACGAGGUCGUCAACAGCCUGCGCGCCGAAAUCAGCGGCCAAGUGCACGAGCUGUCACGCAGCAAGCAGAAAGACACAUUGCCGUGGUUCCCCACAAACCUCCAGGACCUAGACCGCUUUGCCAACCAGAUCCUGAGCUACGGGUCCGAACUGGAUGCUGAUCACCCUGGAUUUAAGGACAAGGUCUACAGAGCCCGAAGAAAGGAAUUCGCGGACAUCGCCUACAACUACAGACACGGUCAGCCAAUCCCAUGUGUGGAGUACACAGAGGAGGAGAAGGCCACCUGGGGAAUCGUAUUCAGGGAGCUGAAGACCUUGUAUCCCACUCACGCAUGUCGUGAACACAACCGCGUCUUCCCUCUGCUGGAGGAGUACUGCGGCUACCGCGAGGACAACAUCCCUCAGCUCGAGGACGUCUCCAACUUCCUGCAGUCAUGCACCGGAUUCCGUCUCCGCCCAGUGGCAGGGCUGCUGUCGUCUCGGGACUUCCUUGCUGGUUUAGCUUUCCGUGUCUUUCAUUCCACCCAAUACAUCCGUCACGGAUCCAAGCCCAUGUACACACCUGAGCCAGACAUCUGCCAUGAGCUGCUGGGACAUGUUCCUCUGUUUGCGGAUGCUAGUUUUGCUCAGUUCUCACAGGAAAUUGGCCUGGCGUCCCUUGGAGCCCCUGAUGAGUACAUUGAGAAGCUUGCUACAGUUUACUGGUUUACUGUAGAAUUUGGGCUUUGUAAACAAGGAAACGACAUUAAGGCCUAUGGAGCAGGUCUGCUCUCCUCGUUUGGGGAAUUACAGUACUGUCUGUCAGACAAGCCAAAACUCUUGCCCUUCGAGCCAGAGAAGACCAGCAUGCAGAAAUACCCCAUCACCGAAUUCCAGCCGGUUUACUACAUAGCCGAGAGUUUUGAGGACGGCAAAGAGAAAGUCAGGAAGUAUGCUGCCACCAUUCCGAGACCGUUCUCUCUGCGCUAUAAUGCCUACACUCAGAGCAUUGAGGUUCUAGACAACACACAGAAACUGAGCAACCUGGCUGACAGCAUCAGUAGUGAGAUGGGGAUCCUGUGCAGCGCUCUGCAGAAGAUGAAUUAGAGCAACUGUCGAUGGACAAGAUCUUGCAGAUUGCAGGAAUUAUUGAGACAGUCCCUUCCAAAACUAUUGGAACAGCAAGGCCAAAGUGUUUUUGGAUCCAAAUAUGAAUAUAAGAAGAGAGUUUAAAAUGAGUCAAUCUAAAUAUGUUUAACAGCUUAAAAACACAGGACCUUCUGAAUCAGGCCAAACAUUUAAGUGAGCAAAAAUAUUGGAACACGUGACUGACAAUUAUCAAAUUCUUAUACAAAUGACAUUUAAAAGGUGAUAUGAUAUGAUAUGAUAUGAUAUGAUUAUAUGAGGUUUGCAUGUGUACUAUCCUGUAUUUUACAAAAUGUUUAUAUCCUAGUAUUUAUGCUUUAGUUUGUAGGCUGAAAUAUAAUACAGUCAUUAAUGUAGGUCAUUACACUACAUUAUUAAGGUACUUGAUUGGUCUGUUAAAUCAUUUGUAACUUUUAAUCAUUUUAAUUACUUUUGUAGACUUUUAAUUGUAGACCACAUAUGAACCUUCUAAAUCCUACCCUUUGUUUUAUUUUUAACUUGCAUCAUUAUGUUCAUGUUUUAAUUUGUAACACAUGCUAUAGUUCAGUAUUAACAGAAUUAUAUAUAUACGAAUUUAAUUUCCGACUGUUGACCAAACUGUUCUUUUUAUUAGAAAAGGGAAAAAGGGACUUCCUUUAGAUGUAAAUCAGGCUAUAUUACUAUUUUCCUGAUCUAAUAGUAGACUUGUAUGUGCAUAUUUCCUUUCAGAUUUUUUUUUUGUGCUUUAAUAUUCAUAUUUUAUCUCUGGCUCAAAAAGCGCAAAUUUUAUAUAACUAACCUUUAAAUCAUCCGACAUUGCGCCAAAACAUAGAACUGAGUAACCAGUAAUUAUCUCAAAAUAAUCGACACCGUGAUAAUAACAGGUUACUUAUAAGGUCUCUGCUCUAUUGUGUUUAAUAACCUUUUGAUAGACGUAGAGAUAGAAUGAGCUAAAUAAAUGUUAAGCUUCAUGUCUUCGUCUAAUAUAAAUCUUUCUCAUUUUAAUUUUUUUUCAUCUAUGCCUGUGUGUUUAAACUUAUAUAACUGCUCGGCCAAUAUAUUUGUGUGUUGACCAUAUUGGAUAGAAGUGUUGACAAUAAAAUUGUGAGAAAAUGUA